AUGAACGAUACUUCAGAGCAUUCCAGUGAUGUCUCUCCCAUCAUUUUCGAUGAUAUCUCUCAAAGCAAAUUGAAAGACUCAUCUGAAAAUGAAACCACGGAUAGAAUCAUUAUCAAACCGGUCAAUGAUGAAGAUGACACUUCAGUCAUGAUUACUUUCAACCAAAAGAUUUCUCCGUUUAUCUUGAUCUUGACCUUUACAGCAUCUAUCUCUGGUUUCAUGUUUGGUUAUGAUACUGGUUAUAUAUCGAGUGCAUUGGUCUCUAUAGGUACGGACUUGGAUAAUAAAGCUCUAACAUAUGGUGAUAAGGAAAUAAUUACAGCUGCAACAUCUUUGGGUGCCUUAAUCUCAGCAGUGUUUGCAGGGAUUUCUGCCGACAUUUUUGGUAGAAAACCUUGUCUAAUGUUCUCUAAUAUUCUUUUUGUCAUUGGUGCUGCGUUGCAGGUUAGUGCACAUUCAUUUUGGCAAAUGGCAGUAGGUAGAUUAAUUAUGGGGUUCGGUGUCGGUAUUGGGUCGUUACUAGCGCCAUUAUUCAUUUCUGAAAUCGCACCAAAACAUAUCAGAGGUAGACUAACGGUGAUAAACUCACUUUGGCUAACAGGUGGUCAAUUGAUCGCUUAUGCAUGUGGUGCUGGGUUGAAUAAAGUUCAUAACGGUUGGAGAAUUUUAGUCGGACUUUCUUUGAUUCCAACUGUGGUGCAAUUUACAUGCUUCAGCUUCUUGCCAGACACUCCGCGUUUCUACGUGAUAAAAGGUAACUAUAAGAAGGCUGCAGAAGUUUUACAAAAGAGUUACAUUAACGCUCCCCAGGAACUUAUCGAUCAAAAAAUCCGUGAACUAUCAGAUUUGAAUGAGGCUAUCCCAGGUAAGACCCCUGUACACAAGUUCUUCAACACUGUCAAAGAAUUACAUACUGUCCCAUGCAAUUUCAGGGCAUUGGUGAUCGGUUGUGCUUUACAAGGUAUUCAACAAUUCUGUGGUUGGAAUUCUUUAAUGUAUUUCUCUGGUACUAUUUUUCAAACUGUUGGUUUCGAAAAUUCUACUGCAGUGUCUAUCAUCGUUGCCGGUACUAACUUCGUAUUCACUUUAGUCGCUUUCUUUGCGAUUGAUAAGGUCGGUCGUAGAGCAAUCCUUUUGAUUGGCUUGCCUGGUAUGAUGGUUUCCUUGGUUAUGUGUGCUAUCGCCUUCCAUUUCCUAGAUAUAAAAUUCACUGGCGCUGGUGAAUCGGAAGUUUCCAAUGGUGGAUUCAGUUCUUGGGGUAUAGUCGUUAUCGUAUUCAUCAUGGUAUAUGCAGCAUUCUAUGCUCUAGGUAUCGGUACUGUACCAUGGCAGCAAUCUGAAUUAUUUGCAACAUCCGUUAGAGGUGUAGGUACUUCUUAUUGUACAGCUACUAACUGGGCUGGUUCCCUAAUUAUUGCAUCUACCUUCCUAACAAUGUUACAAAACAUAACACCGACUGGUACAUUUUCAUUAUUUGCUGCACUAGCUGCAGUAUCUACCGUCUUCUGUUAUCUCUGUUAUCCAGAACUAUCUGGUCUAGAAUUGGAGGAAGUACAAACUAUUUUAAGUGAUGGAUUCAACAUCAAAGCUUCCAAACAACUAGCCAAGAAGAGAAAGCAACAAAAUAGCGAAAUGCAAAGGAGAUUUAGAGAAAAGGACAUGGAAGCUUAUCAAAAGGAUAAACCCUCCGAUGAACUACUUGAAAGUUAA